ACAAGAAGCAAGCUGCCGACAGCCCUCCCUUGAAGAAAAAUCGUUAAAAGCUUGGUAUUUUUCUCCUUCUUUUCUUGUUCUAGGACUAGAAUUGAACCCAGAAUUCUUCCCCCUACAGAGAAAAUCCCAAAUCUGCUCUGCUCCUUCCUCCCAUCCGUCUGCUGCUCCUGCUUUGUGGGGGCGAAUUGCUUUGGUUUUUGAUUUCUUGAUUUUUUUCUCCCCAAUUCCCGCCGGCUUCCCCUAGCUUGGAGCUCCGGUUUUGCUGGGAAAAUUCUGGUGCUGUUAUGGCUUAGAACACUGGGAUUGAGUCUUCGGUAUUACGGAUUUGAGGUAAGGAAAUUAUGGUAAUGCCCUUUGAUUUUAAAGCACAUUUUAGUUUGUUUUUGAAGUGGUGGCGGGACUAAACCCGUUUUACAUAAGUAUGACCGAUUUGAAAUGAAAUUAUUAUUCUUUUUAUUUAUUUGAGCAUGCCUGCUUGGAAAUUAUUUAACUACCCUGAUGAUCUGGAAAUUAUUUGUAAAGUAUGAUUUUCUGUUAACUUCUGCCUGUUUUGUCUCCGAUAUGGUCAUGUUAUUUGUGUGCCCGCUAGUGGGAGGUUUAUAAACGCUAGCACAUGUCGACAUGUUACUGAUAGAAUCGGUUCGUUUCUGUUAUCCUGCUAGUGGGAUUAUACACUAAUAAAUCGUAUGCCUGUCAGUGGGAGGUUUAUAACACUAGCCAUGACCUAUAGAGGAGACAUCUAUUUCAUUUCCGUACUCGUACCUGUUUUUCGUAAUUAUACCGGAAGCGAAGUCAAGGACGGGGAAAAACGAGGGGAGUGACGAGUUAAAAGGCUAGCCACCUGUAAUUUGAUAUAGAUUUAGAUAUAGAUCAUGAUCUUGUAAGCUAGAUUUUAAUUGGAGAUUUUAUAAAUUCAUUUAAUAGAUUGUUAGUUUACAAGAGAUUUGACCUUUAGAUUUUGAGCUUAAGUCAUGUUGAACAUAGAAUUAUUUUGAAAUAUAUGAUUUAAGUUAUU